AUGACAGAUCAUUUAUUCACCUGUGAUUCUCUAACAUAUCACCGAUUCAACCUUAAUGAAGAAGAGUUCAAAAUCAUCACCAAUUUGGUUUCACAACAUUUAUCUGAACCUUAUUCCAUAUACGUAUAUUGGUAUUUCAUAAAUACUUGGCCUCAAUAUUGCUAUACGGUGAAAGAUGAAGGUAAAAUCAUUGGAGUCAUCAUCUCCAAAAUCAAUAAUCAUAAAGAUGUUCGUAUAAGGGGUUAUAUAGGGAUGUUAGUAGUACAAGAUGAUUAUCGAAAAAGAGGGAUUGCCAAAAAACUUGUCAAACUAACGAUUGAAAAUAUGAUCAAAGAUGAUAAAGUAGAUGAAAUAUCCUUGGAAACUGAAGUAAUAAACAAAGGAGCUUUAAGAUUAUACGAAAGUUUAGGAUUCAUCAAAACCAAACGAUUGUUCAAAUACUAUUUGAAUACUCAUGAUGCUUUCAGAUUAAUCUUACCUAUAAGUGAAAAGAGUUUCAAGAGAAUAGCAUUUUUAAAGCAUUAG